GCGCAUGCGUCAGAGGGAAGGCGUCGUUAUAGUUACCGUACACGAGCGCUAUUUUGUUUCUGCUCGAAGCUAACGUUGUGCUCGAAGUGCUAAUCCUAAAAAUGGACGAUAAACUUCAACCUGGCGAUGGCGAAUAUGUAAAAAAUGCUGCAAAGUCUGGUCGAAGAGCACGCCACGCUAUUAAAUCGUCAGACGAACAACGACAUAAGAAGUCGUCUUUUAGUUCACAUGGAGAGGGGUCGCCUCCUAAACCCCCAAGACGUCAAGGAGGGUGGGCUGAAGAAACCACCGCAACAAACUCCUCUGCUUCUGGGAAAAGACAAGUCCAUGAUGAAGUGGAGGACCAUCGCCUUAGGCCACAAACGCCCCAGGAGUCCGACAGCGACGGAGACAUCCCCGUGAUUCCCGAUUUGGACGAGGCGCUGGAGGAGGAUCUCGGCAUGCAGGUGGCGGCUCCCCCGCGUCUCCAAGUGAACCGAGUGAUGACGUUCAGGGACCUCGACACGGACCUGAUGAAACACGCGGCCUUCCAGUCUCUGGGUGGGGAGAUCGACCUGAAGCUGCUCACGGAGGUGCUGGCCCCCGAGCAGGAGGUGCGCGAGGAGGACGUAGGCUGGGACUGGGACCACCUGUUAACCGAGGUCUCCUCCGAGCUGCGCAUGGAGCUGGACUUAGGAGGAGAGAGACAGGACAUGUCUCCCGUGCCCGUUGCAUAACAAAAAAUGAUACUGAGUUUAACUAUAUCUGGGCCAAUGUAUGCCUCCGACGGAGACGGAUACUAAGUUGAGACAUUUUAUAUCAUAUUAUAUCUGGGCCACUCAUAUAUUCCACGUUCGCCUCUGCUAGCAUGUAGACAGGACCCGAGCUCUACAUAUCUUUUGCUUGACUUGCCACUGUAGUUUUUAAUACAGAAAUAAAGCGUUUUUGUGAAAUGCA